CAGCUGAUUGGCAAUAUUCGAAGAAAUUAAUAAAUUGCGAAAAAUUGUUUUUAGAUAUUGUCUUAUAAGCUCAACACAAAAAUAUGCUAUUACGACGCCUAGGCACUUGUGCUUGGCAGGCGCACACUAGGGAUUCAACGUUAUUGCAUCAUGUCAAGAGUAGUCCAUUAAAUUGUGGCAGCUUUCUCAGAUCAAUCCGGAGCACUGCCCGUUGCAAAAAUUCAUCUAGACCUGCCCUACAGCCUUUAGUUGAAACGGGUGGUCCAGUGCCUUCAGGCAAUGUUUUCAAAGCUCUUAUAUUUACGGGUGCGUUCAGCUUGGGUUCUUUUGCUGGCGCUACCAUUAUGGAAUAUGAGAACACCCGCAAUAUGAUGUUAGAAAAGGCAAGGCAGGCGAAACUAGGUUGGAUACGAAAAAAACCAGACGAAGAUUCAUGGGAGAACAUUAAACGUGAUAUUAAACGUUUGUGGGAAAGAUUGUCUCCGGGCGAAAAAGUAUUUGUACCUAUAUGUGCUGCCAAUGUUUUGGUGUUCGGUUUGUGGCGCAUUCCUUCAUUGAGAAUGCCUAUGAUGAAGUACUUUUGCUCGAACCCAGCUGCAAGAGCAGUUUGUUGGCCUAUGUUCCUAUCGACAUUUAGUCAUUAUUCGGCUUUUCAUUUAUUCGCAAAUAUGUACGUCUUACAUAGCUUUUCGAAUUUGGCCGUUUUGUCUUUGGGCAAGGAACAAUUUUUGGCUGUAUAUUUGACAGCAGGAGUGGUUGCAAGUCUUACCAGUAUUUUAUACAAAGCAUUGACUGUGCAAGCGGGACUGUCCAUUGGAGCGUCUGGAGCCAUAAUGGCCAUAUUGGCAUACGUUUGCGCUCAAUAUCCUGACACACAGUUAAGCAUAUUGUUUCUGCCUAUGUUCACCUUCUCUGCUGGGACGGCAAUAAAAGUCAUAAUGGGAAUUGAUUUUGCUGGUUGCAUAAUGGGAUGGAAAUUUUUUGAUCAUGCUGCUCAUUUGGGUGGAGCAAUUUUUGGACUAUUUUGGACAUAUUAUGGUGCUGAACUCUGGCAAAAACGUAUUCCACUGUUAACGAUGUAUCAUGAUUGGAGGAAGACUAAAUAGAAAAUUUUAAUUAUAAAAAUAAUUGGCCGAAAACACGACAUACAUAAAUAGUACAUUAACUACAUAUGUAAAUAAAUAUAACUCUAUAAUUUUUAUAGUUCAACAAA